AAUGUAACAUUUUGCAAGUCAUCUUGAAAACGGGUUUAUAAUAUCGUGACUGUAACAACAUGUUCCAAACUUGUACAUUGAUUUGAGCAAUGUUGUCGAGAUCAGUGAUUUAUUUAUUAUGUUUUACAAUAUCAUGUAUAGAAUCAGCUCGAAUAUUGGCAAUGUUUCCGACACCAUCGAUCAGCCACCAAGUGGUAUUCCGUCCUCUUACUCAAGAAUUAGCAAAACGUGGUCACGAAGUCAUAGUUAUCACAACAGAUCCUGCAUUCUCUGAAGGACAAGCACCUAAGAAUCUCACGGAAAUCGACGUACAUGAUAUUUCAUACACAAAAUGGAGGAAAAUAAUGUCGAAAAUAGAAAAUAUACCCAGAGAUCCAAUAGAGCAAGUUCAGGUGAUCAUAAGUGCUUCAUUUACUGUUUUUGAACAUCAAGUAAAAAGUGCUCGAGUUCAGGAAAUACUGAAAUACAAAGAAGACUAUUUCGACUUGAUACUUGUAGAGGCAUGUAUAAGACCCGCUCUUGGAUUGUCUUAUGUAUUUAAAGCCCCAGUUAUUCAAGUGAGUUCGUUUGGCGCAGUGAUGGACAAUCAUGAUAUAAUGGGAUCAUCAACACAUCCUAUGUUUUACCCCAAUUUGGCUAGAGACAGAUUAUACAAUUUAACUAUUUGGGAAAAAAUAUCCCAGUUAAAAAAUGAGUACAAAAACUUUAUGUACACAAUGAAUCGAGAACUUGAUAAUCAAAUUCUGAAGAGAUUAUUUGGUAAUAAUGCACCAUCCGUUGAUAAAUUAUACGAUAAUGUUGCAAUGUUAUUUUUAAACAUUCAUCCUAUUUGGGACGAUAAUAGACCCGUCCCUCCAGGAGUUAUUUACUUGGGAGGACUGCAUCAAAAUCCACAAAAAGAAUUACCUAAGGAUUUAAAAUCAUACCUAGACUCUUCCAACAACGGUGUUAUUUACUUCAGUUUGGGUACAAACGUAAAGCCGUCAAAUCUGCCACCAGAAAAGCUAGAAGCUAUCAUUAAAGUGUUCUCAAGAUUGCCCUAUGAUGUUUUAUGGAAAUGGGACAAUGAUCAAUUACCUGGACGAUCAAGUAAUAUUAAAAUAUCAAAAUGGCUGCCCCAAUCUGAUUUGUUGAGGCAUCCGAAAAUUAAACUAUUCAUAACUCAAGGUGGAUUGCAGUCUACAGACGAGGCAAUAACUGCCGGAGUACCGCUGAUUGGCAUACCAAUGUUGGCUGAUCAGUGGUAUAACGUCGAGAAAUAUGUCCACCAUAAAAUCGGUCUUAUGGUUAAUAUAGACACUCUGACUGAGGAAAAGUUUGAAAGCGCUCUUAAAUCUAUUCUAACCGAUAACAGCUAUCGCGAGAACAUAGUACGCCUGCGAAGUAUAAUGCAAGACCAGCCGCAGCGUCCACUGGAGCGCGCCGUGUGGUGGACAGAGUACAUGCUGCGUCACGGCGGCGCGCGUCACUUGAGGAGCCCGGCUGCAAACAUCUCUUGGGCUCAGUAUUUAGAAUUAGAACUUGUGUUUACUUUAGCUACUAUCUUAAUACUCUUUCUUUUUGUUCUUAUUUUAGUUGUAAAGGUAAUUUGUAAUUUCAUAUGCCAAAAAGUAUUUGCAGUCAAAAUCAAAAAAGCUUAAAUAUUACAUUUAGUUCAAAAAUAGUUAGACGAAAAA